CAACAUAUCUAAGUGGCGAGGAAAUCGGUGAGGUGUGACCUUUUCUGCAUAUUUACCGGAAUUUCAAUCAGUUUUUAAUCAAUUGCAUGGAUUUACGAAUAGGGUGAUAGGUAAGAAAAAGGCUGAACGACAACCGCACAACCGCACAGAACUCGAAAACGAAGAUGUUGAAUUUAACAUAGGUGUGAAUUAUAAAUUAUAAUUACACAAUACAUUAUGCAUAUUUCAGCUGUCAUUUAAAUAUUUCUUAUCUAAGAAAAUGUGCUGUAUUAGGUAAAAAGAAGAGGAAAGCGUUCCUAGAUCUAUUGUUAGAGCAGAAUGCCAAAGCUGACACUCCUUUGACCGAUAAUGAGUUGAGAGCACACGUUGACACAUUCAUGUUUGCCGUAAGAUAUCCGAGAUUUUUAAUGUAUAUUUUCCGCUAACUAACUCGGUAUCUAUGUAUAUCAUAUGUAAAUUAUGUGUGAAUAAUAACAAGGACACGACACAACUGCGGUUGCGAUAACCUGGGCAUUUUUUCUUUUGGGCAAUAAUCUCGAGCAGGAAGUUCGAAAAAAGUUCACGAAGAACUCGAGGAGUUUUUCAGAGAUUCUCAAGCACCAACUACUGUAAAAAAAUUGUCACAACUAAAGUAUCUCGACAGAGUUAUAAAGGAGACCCUCCGAUUAUUUCCAAGUGCACCUUUCGUCGCAAGGGAAUUAUUGGAAGAAGUAAAACUGGAUUACAAGAAUGGAUUUCAUCUCUUUAGCACUGUGGACUCUUUGCGUUGUUCUGAUUUUCACAAUUUUGUCGAUAGUGCAUCAUCAAUAUAACAUUCGACAGAAAUUUAAAAAUUUUCCACAAAUCGGCGGAUAUCCUUUUAUCGGCACGAUAUUUGAGCACAUAAAUAUGUCGAAGUACGAACGCCUAAAAUGGAUUGUAUCGUUCAUGUACAAGUGUAAGGAAGGAAUAUACGUACAAUGGCUUGGAGCCAGGCCUUUUAUUGAUGUGUUUAAGCCAGAAUAUUUACAGCAUAUUUUUCCUAGCACUGUCAACAUUGAAAAAGCAGAUACUUAUAAUUUCUUAAAACCUUGGUUGGGCAACGGACUUGUAACUGCUACAGGGCAUGCAGGGGGUUCAAAGUAGAUCAACUUUUAAUAAGAAACUCGUAUUCGGAAACGCACCGUUUAUGAACUGCGGCCUGGCACUGAAAGCAGUGGUUCCACGAUAGAAAAAUCAUCGGACCAACGUUUCACUU